UUUAAGAAUGAGAAAAUAUUUGCUAUUUUUGGUUCUUGUCUUCAUUUCUGUUGAUUCUAUAAAUUCUACAAGAUCUAUUCUCUUCAGAAAAUUUAAUGUCGAAAUUGUAAACCAGCUUCAGUUUCACAAAAAAUUGAAAGUUCACUGCAGGUGUAAAAAUUAUUAUUUUCCAAUUACCUAUCUUAACAUAGGCGAAAGUUUUAAAUUUAAAUUUAUAAUUUAUCCAAAAACUCUGUAUUGGUGUAAUUUAUGGCAGGGACCAAACUAUAAACAUCAUGUGGUUUUUGAUGCAUUCCGGGCGAACUGUUAUUUUAUAGAUCAUACAUGUAGUGGAAUAGAUCCCAAUGUGUGUAGGUGGACUGCAAAAGAACAAGGAGUAUAUGUGCAUGACACGCUAGGAGAAUUUUUUAUGUAUGGAUGGAAACCAAAAAAUCAAAGAGAAAUAACUCCAGUCAAUGCACCUACAACAGAAUUUGAUCCAUACAUUUAAUACAUAUCUUAAAACUAAUUAAAUUAUGUGUAAUUUUGGUAUCAUUGUAUCAUGUUAAAGAGAA